AUGAGGUUCAAAUUUCCUCUCGUAGCCAUUGGCCUGGAAGUUGCCAUGAUUGUUUUAUUUCACUUUUUUGUUGAGUAUGAAACGGAACAGAAGCCUAAUAGCACCAAGACAGGCACCGUGGACAGAACCCUGGAGUUGUAUCCUUUAUUCCAAGAUGUACACGUCAUGAUAUUUGUUGGGUUUGGCUUCCUCAUGACUUUCCUGAAGAAAUAUGGUUUCAGCAGUGUGGGCAUCAACCUUCUCAUUGCUUCUCUGGGUCUUCAGUGGGGUACACUUGCUCAGGGACUCCUGCACACUCAUGGAAAGAAAAUGCAUAUUGGAAUCAAAAGCAUGAUAAAUGCAGAUUUCAGCACAGCCACAGUUCUGAUUUCUUUUGGAGCUGUCCUGGGUAAAAUAAGCCCAGUACAAAUGUUGAUUAUGACCAUUUUAGAAAUUACGGUCUUCGCUGGCAAUGAAUAUCUGGUUGUUGAGAAAUUUGAGGCAUCUGAUGUUGGAGCAUCAAUGACCAUCCAUGCCUUUGGAGCUUACUUUGGCUUGGCAGUAGCAGGUGUCUUAUAUCGACCUGGCCUGAGAAGGGGGCAUGACAAUGAGGAAUCCGUGUACCAUUCAGAUUUGUUUGCAAUGAUUGGAACCCUUUUCCUGUGGAUGUUUUGGCCCAGCUUUAACUCAGCCAUUGCUGAACCAGCAGCAAAACAGUACAGAGCCAUUGUAAACACCUACUUCUCUCUUGCUGCCUGUGUGCUAAUAGCCUACGCAUUCUCCAGUCUUGUGGAGCACCGAGGCAAGCUGGAUAUGGUUCACAUUCAGAAUGCAACUCUUGCCGGGGGUGUUGCUGUGGGCACGUGUGCGGACAUGGAGAUCAACCCUUACGGGUCCAUGAUCAUUGGAAGCGUCGCAGCAAUGAUCUCUGUGCUGGGGUUCAAGUUCUUGACUCCGUUUUUUGCUACUAAACUGCGGAUCCAAGAUACCUGUGGGGUCCACAACCUACACGGCUUACCGGGUCUAGUGGGCGGCGUUGCGGGCAUCGUGGCGGUGGCUAUGGGCGCGUCAGACACGUCUAGCGUGACCAUGCAGGCAGCUGCUUUAGGUUCCUCGGUUGGGACUGCGCUUGUUGGAGGGCUGAUAACAGGUUUAAUUCUAAGGAUACCUAUAUGGGGACAGCCAUCUGAUCAGAACUGCUAUGAUGAUUCUGUUUAUUGGGAGGUCCCUAGGUGGAGAGAACAUGACCAUCAUUUCCAGGAACAUGAAGGUCAUCGCUAUCUGCAACCUGAAAUCUAAAUACCAUUCCUGAAUUCAGUC